AUGGCCCUGGUGAUAGUAAAGGUAGUGGACCAGGGUAACAGAGGGUUUACUAAUUUUUGGUGGAGAACAAUGCCUGGAGGGCCUAUGGCGGAACCUGACUGGUGGUGGGACGCGUCUACUGCCUUAGACAGUAAAGUAGCUAGAAGGUGUGGUCCAUCUUCUAAGAGUAUACUAUAUCCAGAUGCACAACUAUAUGAUCUACUGAAGCCUAUGGUCAUGGCAGCACAGGUGAAGGAUGACAGUGAAGAUAAGCAAGCCACCAACCAGGCCAAGGCUGAGGUCAUCCAGCAGGCUGUGGUGGAUUAUCUCCACUGUAUGCUCAGGCAGCCAGCCAGUCAGCUAAACAUCAAGCACCUGGAUGACCUUGGCCUACCACAGCAAGAUCUAGACCAGAUGAAAGCCUGCAUGACGCCUAGGGGCUGUAAGAGAGAGAGAGUCAGGCAGGAUUCACUAACUAAGGCCCGCGCGCAACGAAAGCGCACCAAGGCUACAGCCAGUAAGUAUAAAUCCACCAAGUACAUGGUCUCAGACUCUGAGAAAGGGUCCCCACUAAGGAGAGCAGCUGCAGCAAAUGCGGAUAGUGGCAGAGAUAGCCCUGGCCCUGGUAAUAGGGGUCAUCGCCCCAGCUCUCCCCAUGACAAUGAUGAUAACAGCAAUGGGGAUGACCACAGCGGCAGUAGUCAGGGCCCUAUCUCUCAGGAUGAUGAUGAUGACGAAAAUGUUAAUAAUGACAAGCUACAGUAG